AUGGGCAUGAAAGGACGCUGCCAAUGCGGCCAAGUCUCAUUCGAAACACCCCUCGACAAACCCCUCCGGAUAAACAUAUGCCACUGCACAGAAUGCCAGCACCAAAGCUCCUCCGCAUUCGGCAUAACCGCCAUCUUCCCCUAUUUCGAACUCCCGGCAUCCGUCUCUAAUCUCGUGGGAAGCUACACACGGCGCACGCUCAAAGGUCGCGAUAUGGAGUGUCUGUUCUGCAAGAACUGUGGUGCGCGGCUGAUGCAUCGCCUCCGCAACAUGGUGCCCGCGCCCGGGGAGAAGGCCGGUCCGACGGCUACUGCUAAUGUUAAAGGGGGCUGUUUGGACUUGGAUAAGCGGAGCAUGAGCGCUGCUGUUCAUAUUUGGUGCCAGCAUGCUAUUGUGCCUAUUCCCGAGGGAGCGGAGCAGUGGCCCGCAGCGCCGCCUCAGCCGAAUCCGUUGUUAAAGGCUUAG